UACCCUCUCGCAAGUGUUCUCGCACACUCCAGAUUCCCGAUUCGCCAACACACCAUUCCAUCCCCAAAUUUCCCUCCAUUAACGAGCUUUUUAAGCAGCUCAAAUUAUUCCACUAUUCAACCUCUUCCCCCUUCCCGCACCGCUAAGCCGAAGCGGAGCCUAAUUUAAGCCGGAAUCAGUAUUUUAGUUUUAAGCAGCUCGAAUUGUUUGCUGGCGAUCGCUCAAACUCGGUGAAAAAACCCACGAAUUUGCCAAGUUACAGUAAAAAUAGUCCCUGGAAAGUAAUGAGCUAUCUCCAUGUCAGCUGCUGAUUCAUGGAUUCAGAUUACCAGAAGUUUGGAAGAGGGCCGAGAGAACUUACAGGUGCUGUGGAUCUUAUAAGUCACUACAAGUUGUUACCUCAUUAUGAUUUCUUCUGCAAGAGGUCACUUCCUGUGCCAAUAGCAGACACCCAUUAUCUUCACAAUGUUGCUGGAGAUACAGAAAUCAGAAAGGGGGAGGGGAUGCAAUUGGGUCAGCUCAUUCAGAAUUCUUCUUUAUCUAGAGAAACUAAUACACGUAUACAACCUUUUGACCUAGAUAUUCUUAGGGAAGCCUUUCAGCUAAGGGAAACGGCUCUAGUUGAUCUUCCUUCUUCUGAGAAGGGCACUCCCACCAUUGCUGGGAAAUCAAAGAACGAGUCUAAAGAUAAAGAGAAGAAACAUAAGAAGCAUAAGGACAGAGAUAAGGACAAGGACAGAGAGCACAAAAAGCACAAACAUCGGCAUAAAGAUCGAAGCAAAGACAAGGACAAGGAGAAGAAAAAAGAUAAAAGUGGUCAUCAUGAUUCUGGAAAUGACCACUCAAAACGAUAUCAUGAGAAGAAAAGGAAGCAUGAUGGAGAUGAGGAUGGCGGUGAUAUUCAUAAACACAAGAAAAGUAAGCACAAGAGCUCAAAGAUAGAUGAUAUGGGAGCAAUAAAGGUUGCAGGGUGAAAAAUGGUUGUUGAUCUUUAAAUUUCUCAUCAGAUGUUGGAGUUGAUAAUAGAGGAAUUCUUAGUUAUUUCAAGUUAUCUAAGGUACAUAUUACUCACUUAUUAGAGGCAGCUUAUGUCUUUGCCUUGUUAUACCUUAUGUUUUCAUAGUAUCUUUUAAACUAUACAGGCCUAUCUUGUAUAACUGAAUAGGGGUGAGGGGUCUCAAUAGUCCAAUACAAACCAAAUCACCAAACUUAGAAGUUAGAAGCGUCUAAUGUGCAAAUGGAGAGAUUAAAGCAACCAUUUUAGAAGAAAUAACAUACUAUAUAUCAGCUGUCAUAACACUGUCCACAAUGAUAAUGAGAAUGCUGAAAGCCAUAGAAUGAUUUUAGAUCAUCUUGUAUUGGAUGCUUCACGCAUUAGUACCAUUAUAUGGAGAUUUACAUAUAACAUUCUGAAACUGAAGAUAGUGUUAGAUGCAGUAUGCACUUAUUGUUA